AUGUUCCCCUCCCGCAUAACGAUGCCCUCCCCCACGGAUCCUCAGAUCGAAGACACCUUCUCCUCCGCCCUCUCUGCCCUCUUCACGGACGACGUGCAGAACUCGCACGGCAUCCCAGGCUCACACGUCAUCUACCACAGUCCGCGAUUUGGCGACCUGCAACUACACAUCCCGCAACACCCGGACGCCGAGGAGGGGCGGAAACUUUUCGCGCACUAUCUGUGGAACGCGGGCGUGAUCUGCGCGGACGCACUCGAGGAGGCGAGUCAAGAUCAAGACGGUGGAAAUGAACGGCCUCACGGUUUGUACUCGAGCCCGAAAUUGGAACCGGGACAGGAACGCCCGGCAAGUGCGUCGUGGGACAAGCGGUAUUGGGACGUCCGAGGCCAAACGGUCAUGGAGUUGGGCGCCGGGACCGCACUCCCAAGCAUCGUGGCCGCGCUGUCCGGAGCCGCCUCGACCACGAUCACAGACCACCCUUCCUCACCGGCUUUGACGACCAACGCCAUUGAGCAAAACGUCCGGAUCAACAUCCUGGAGCGCGAUAUGCGCGGAGGAACUGAUAACCAUGCAUCCUGUGCAUCUUCUUCCUUCUCAUCGCCAUCGUUAUCGUCAUCGUCACCCGAAAUCACCAUCUCCGGUUACACGUGGGGGACUACGACAUUCUACUCCCCAUCAUCCUACGGCAAACCGUCACCACAGCAACCCCGCGCCUUUGACCGCAUCAUCGUCGCGGACUGUCUCUGGAUGCCCUCCCAACACGGCAACCUGGUGAAAACGAUCGUGGAUUACCUCGACGAGUCGAGGCCGGGAAGUUGUGCGUUGGUCGUGGCGGGGUUCCAUACCGGACGGGAAAUCGUGAGGCAGUUCUUCGAAGACCCAGAAGACGUGCGAUCCCCUCUUCGGAUAGCGGAGAUAUUCGAGAUCGAUGUGAAUGGGGUCCGGCGCCCUUGGGAGCCGUCGAGGUUGGGGGAAACAAAAGAUGGGGCCAAGAGGUGGUGCGUCGUGGCCGUGCUCGUGAGGAAAUGA